CCCGUCUUGUGUCUGUCCGCUUCGCGCAUGCGCAGCUGCGCUGGCCUGAUGCUGUUUUGUUGAUAGCUUGAGAAAAGAGAGUGAAACUUCAAGGCUUCAGGAGAAGAGAAGAUUUUAGCCUAAAUAGGCACAUGAGUUUGCAGGCGUGUCCUCCUCCUGUCAUGAGAUCUUGCCUGGACCCUGGUUGUCCCUCCUGCAGUUGAUGACUCUGCAGCCGGUGUGGAGAUGACGGACAGUGUCAGAGCGUUUGUCCGCAAUGUUGCGACGGGAAUCAAGGACUCCAUCCUGGGCAUUGGUACCAUCUCCAAGCUCGAUGCUCGAAUUCAGCAGAAGAGGGAGGAGCAGAGGAGGCGCAGAGCGAGCGGGGCCCUGGCGAUGAGACGGGCUCAGAGCGAGGAACGGAAACAGGACUGUGAACCAAAACUAGCAAGUCGAAUUUUUCAGUGCUGUGCCUGGAAUGGAGGUGUAUUUUGGCUAAGUCUGUUCCUGUUUUAUCGGGUGUUUAUCCCACUGCUGCAGUCCCUCACUGCUAGAAUCAUAGGUGACCCUUCGCUACAUGGUAACGUGUGGUCCUGGCUGGAGUUCAUUCUGACAUCUGUGUUCAGUGCUCUCUGGGUUCUGCCUCUCUUUGUGCUUAGCAAGAUAGUCAAUGCCAUUUGGUUCCAGGACAUUGCUGAUCUGGCGUUUGAAGUGUCCGGACGGAAAGCUCAGUCUUUUCCCAGUGUCAGCAAGAUCAUUGCAGACAUGCUCUUCAAUCUUUUGCUCCAGGCCCUCUUCCUCAUUCAGGGAUGGAUUGUGAGUCUCUUUCCCAUUGAUGCUAUUGGUCAGUUGGUCAGUCUCCUGCACAUGUCUCUGCUCUACUCACUUUACUGCUUUGAAUAUCGCUGGUUUAAUCACGGGAUUGAAAUGCACCAAAGGCUGUCAAACAUUGAGAGAAACUGGCCGUAUUACUUUGGCUUCGGUUUGCCCAUGGCACUACUGACUGCGCUGCCCUCAUCAUACAUCAUAAGCGGCUGCUUGUUCUCCAUUCUCUUCCCGCUCUUCAUCAUCAGUGCUAACGAAGCAAAGACCCCAGUCAAACUCUACCACUUCCAGCUCCGCCUCUUUUCCCUGGUCGUCCUCAUCAGUAACAAACUGUUUCACAAGACGGUGCACCUGCAGAGCUCCCUCACGACCUCCACGCCUACAGAGAAGCUGCCCUCGCCUCACGUGUCCCCGACCCGCCAGCGACCUAUGCCCCCCCAGUGACCUCUUUCAGGAUCCCCAACUCAGUUUGGUUUGAAAGAGUGGAUGGAUAAAGAUUUGCGUUGUCUGUAUUUGAAAGUGGCUGUCGAUGUUCUUCUGAGGGAUGAAUGGGGAAGGGUUAGUAAUGUGAAUGGCCGGUGUUUGGGACUGGAUCGCCCUGUGCUGAUACACAAGGUCAUGAUUCUCUGUGUGACUAUUUUUGUACCCAUUAUGUGCCAUUUGGGUGAUUUGUAGAGACAGCACAAAGACCUCAGCGUGCACAUUUUCUGUGAACUGACUUCCCUCCUCUUUUAGGCCCUGUAGUUUCUAUCUCGACUCGUUUUAUCUAUUUAUGGCCUUCUUUUUAAUUUUAUGUAAUGACUUUUCCUGCCUUGUGAGGCCCAGACACUUGACAGUUUGUUUUUCAGUUAACACUAAGCUCUAUGACAUGCUUUAGCUAAUGAUUUACAGUAUGGAUCAGUAGAAAAAGGCGCCAAUGUCCCCCAAUGGUUUGUGUUUCUGCACUGAAAUGUGGACUAGACUGAAAAACGAUCAAAUUGAAAGGCCUCUUUAUGCAAGGGAUGCUUCUUGACCUAAAAUGUUGUGAGCUGUUUGCUAGACGUUUUAAAGCUCAUUACUUUAUUGACUACACAUCUUCUUCUAUGUUCUAAAUUAUUUAAUCACCCUUAUGUUUCUUUAAUUUGUGGAACACAAAAGAAGAGAUUUUGCAGAAUGUUAAUGCUGCUCAAGUCCCUAUAUCCUUAUUUUAUGAAAAACAGCAAUGAAAGAAAGAAAGUCAGUCAUGUUAGUGUGAGUAAAUAUAUAUAUAUUUUUUUUCUGAACAAUUCUAGAAGUAACAAUGUAAAAAUUAAAAGGGAGCUGCUUUUAUUUGGUUUCUUUUAUAAUGCGUUUUUAUUUUGGGAAUACCAUGUCAACAGGAUCCAGUGUCGUGUGUAAUGGUUUUGGGAUGAUUUCCAACAGUAUGCACAAGCUUUAUGAAUCUGCUGCUGUCAGGUGACACUGGCACACUGUGUGACACGUGUGAAACCGUUCUUUAAAUGAUCACGGAUCCAGUUUCCCAUGAAUGCUGGCAUGUCAAGUGGAUGUCUACUGUGGUGAUUGUUCCUGGAGUUCAGUACCUGGAACCUUUUUUGAAACAUUUGAAACUGAAGCACAUAUUAUGUCAUUGUAUUCGUGGGGUGUGUGUUUUAAAAAGGGUUGUAAUUAUCAUCAGGAGUCCAUAGUGUUACACCUACAGACGGAUAUUUGUGAGUGACAUUUUGUAAAAGUAUUACAUUAUUUCAAUAAAUUUGGUCUGUGUACAGU